AUGAUGAAGAUGAAGUUUGUUUCCUUCGCGCUAUGUGUGUGUGCCUUUAGAGACGACUCCUCAGCUCGGCGAUUCUAUUUCGGGAUGAUGGCGUUUGCUGGAAUCACGACUUCGAAUCCAACUUUUCUUCAGCUAAGGAUCUCUACCACAAGUUUCCGUUCUCUGGUUCCGUGUAAUUCGAUUUCGUUUCCUCGUUCAUCGUACGUGAAUCUCAAUCGGAGAGACCGCCUCUAUGUUCGAUCCACUUCAGCUCCAGCUGCACCUGCUGCAAUGGAGGGACUGAAGCCGGCGAUAUCGCUGACGGAUAACGCACUAAAGCAUCUGAAUAAGAUGAGAUCAGAACGCGGAGAAGAUCUGUGCUUGAGGAUUGGUGUCAAACAAGGAGGGUGCUCGGGGAUGUCUUACACGAUGGACUUUGAGAACAGAGCCAACGCUAGACCAGAUGAUUCUACCAUUGAAUACCAAGGUUUCGCUAUAGUUUGUGAUCCGAAGAGCAUGCUCUUCCUUUUCGGAAUGCAGCUUGAUUACAGCGAUGCUUUAAUCGGUGGAGGCUUCUCUUUCUCGAACCCUAACGCUACACAAACCUGUGGAUGUGGGAAGUCUUUUGCUGCCGAGAUGUGA